AUGGCGGCGGCUAUGCCAAUUAACCCUAAACCAUUUUUGAAUAGCCUUACGGGAAAGGCUGUACUUGUUAAAUUGAAGUGGGGUCACGAAUACAAAGGACUUCUGGUAUCGGCUGAUGGAUACAUGAACUUGCAACUCGCUAAUACAGAGGAAAUCAUUGAAGGUUCAUGUACAGGUAAUUUGGGUGAAGUAUUAAUAAGGUGUAAUAAUGUGUUGUAUGUAAGAGGGGCAGAAGAAGAAGAUGAAGAAGGGGAAAUGAAGGAAUAG